AUGACUAUGGAUGAUACAAAUGUGGCGGAUACAGCUAUAUGUGUUAAGAAAAAACGAAAAUACACCCGGAAAAAUCUCAAAAACAAGGAAGAAGAACCUACUAUUUCACGAAUCAUACAUAAUUCUGAAAUAAAUGGAGAGUCUAUAGAAAAUUUACGUAAAAAGAUCGAUGAUCUCGAAUCUUUUGGGUUUUCUCCCAUAAGGUGUGCAAAAACUGAAGUUAUACCAACUUCUAAUCUAAGCGAUCCAACUCCACGCUCCGAUACACUCUCAACAUUUACUUCAUGUUCUUCCAAGUUAAUUAACACACAAAACUCGAAAUCUGAUAUUUCACUUGAAGAGUUGAUCGCCAAUGAUAGACUGGCAUCUGUAAAGAAUAGGGAUAAAAGGGUAAAAAAAGAUAAAAUACGUAAGGAAACAAGGAAGAAAACAAACAAGACAAAUGAUGGGAAGUGUAAAGAAAAGAAGGACUCAAGUAUUAUAGGUGAAGCUGUAAGUUUUUUUGCUCUAAAAAAAACGAUAUCCCUAAUAAAUUCCAUUGCAUUAUAUUUAUCUGAAGGAAAAGGUUCAAGUUUAAAGGAGAUACUAGAUAUCCAUAGUGAUGUUCAAACUUGCAUAAAUAAUGCUGUAAAUUCGAAUUUUCCAGGCGAAGAUUUGAAACCCUACCAACUACUCAUAUCUGACUCUAUUAAAUUAGAUAAAUCCGGUGAUAGAACACUAUUUGAAAGUAAUAUUAGUUCUAUAACAACUUGUGAUAAUGAAACAUCUAUCUCUGUAUCAUUAUCAGAGGAUACUAAUGACAUCUUGCAACCCGGGAAGAUUGUUAAUAUACCUUCCGAAAUAUCGAGUUCUAAUUGCAAUGAAAAAUUUCAAAUAACUACGUCAAUGCUCUCUAUUAACACUAAUGAAGAGUUUACGAAUGAUUUGGGAUCGAAUAGGAACGAAAAGUACCGGGAGAACGAAGAUCUCACGUUAGAAGAGGAUUUGUUUGCUAAUGAUGAACUAGAAAUCUCUGGUGUUUUGCAAUUAAAUGACACUUUAAGCUCUGCAAGACAAGAAUAUAUGAAUCUAAUUAAUUCUAAUAAAAUAUCAGGUGUUGAUCUUUGUGUACCAAGAGAAAUAUUGGAAUCGGAAGACUCAUAUUUGUUUGAAAGAAAUUUUCAUUUUAGUGACAAGUUAGAUAGAUUGAACGAAACCGUUUUCGGAUAUAAGGGAUUUAGAGGGGUACAACUUGCUGCCAUAAAUGCCAUAAUGCUCGGUCGUGAUUGUUUUGUGAUGAUGGCUACUGGAGGAGGUAAAAGCCAUUGCUAUCAACUUCCCUCUCUACUUUUAAAUGGUUUGGUAGUUGUUUUUUCUCCUUUAAUUUCACUUAUGGAAGAUCAAAUACAUAUAAUAAAAUCAUACGGAAUACAAGCUGAAACAUUAAAUGCUAAAUCAACUGCACAAGAUCUGCGUCAUUUAUCUAAACGUCUUCUAGAUAAAAAUGAAACUUUUGAACACGGUUGUAUAUUAUUUAUAACUCCUGAGAAAUUUGAUAAAUCCACAUCUGUUAUGAAAUUAUUGCAAAAUGUGGAUAAUGCGGAUCGUCUAAAGCUCUUUGUGAUCGAUGAAGCACAUUGUGUAUCUCAAUGGGGAUUGUCAUUUAGAAAGGAUUAUCGCAAACUGGGUAAUUUGAAAGGCUCUUUUCCAAAUGUUCCAAUUUUAGCUCUAACUGCCACAGCAACACCUGAUGUUAUGGUUGAUAUCACUAACGUGUUAUCUCUAAAAAAUCAUGUAACAGUACGAACUACAAUAAAUCGUCCAAAUCUAUGGAUAGAAGUCAGAGAAAAAACUAAGAAUACCACAAAGGAGAUAAUAGACAUUCUAACUAAAACAACUGGGUGUGGUAUUAUAUAUUGUCUUACAACAUCUGAUUGUGACAAAAUGGCUCAAAAGCUGUCAGAAUCAAAUAUUUCCGUUGCCGCAUAUCACGCAAAACUUGAUAUAUCAGAACGUAGUUUGGCACAAAAACAAUGGAAAAUGGGUUUAGUCAGAGUUAUGAUAGCAACAAUCGCAUUUGGAAUGGGUAUAGACAAACCUGAUGUCAGAUUUGUCUUUCACAGUUCAGCACCAACAUCAAUACUAGGUUAUUAUCAAGAGAUAGGAAGGGCCGGAAGAGAUGGAAAAUUCUCAACCACAAUCCUAUGGUAUAACCUUAGAGAUUUUGAAAGACACAAGAAUCUUUCUAACAAAAUAAAAUCUCAGAUUUCACAUAAAGCAGUUUCUGGAAUAGAGCUUUCUUCACAUCCAACACUAUAUAAUAUGAGAGAAUUUUGUCAAAACCGUACUACAUGCAGACGAAUACUACUACUACGUGCCUUUGGAGAAAUAGUUCAAGAUGAAGAUAAAAAAUGUUCUGGAUGUGAUAAUUGUUGCUUACAAGUAUCUAGCUAUAUACUUGAUGUUACAAAUGAGGCUUUGAUUAUUUUAAGAUUUGUAAAUUAUUGUAUGAAAUACAGAAGUAAAGGGAUUUUAACACCUAAUAUUUUGUGUGAUGCCUUACGAGGUUCGAAUAGAUUACUAGUCGUAAAAUAUAGAUUAAAUGAAAAUCCAUACCACGGAAAGUUAAAUAGCUUGGAUUCAAAGGUGAUAUUUCAAAUAAUACAGGAAAUGGUAAAUCUUAGGAUAUUGAAAGAAUGUAGACGAAGUUCUAAAAAUUUUGGGCGAACAGUGAUAAUUGAAGGUCUAAAUUCUACAAAACUUUUUACCCAUAAAUUAAACGUAAAAAUAUUAUGUUAUUACGAAAACAAUUCAACCACAAUUCAAGAGAAUCAAAAUCCUAGUAAAUAUGAUCAAUUGAUAGAUGAACAUGCAUUUGAUUAUGAAAAUCCACAAAGCAUUAAUGGGCCAACGUUGGACCUAUUCGGUGAACAUCCAAAUCAAUACAAAUAUGGAAGAGAUGAAUCAUCAGAAUUCACAGUAGUAACUUUUUCUGAUCAAUUAUCAAAAUUUUAUACUCAAAACGAUCCGAUCACUCCGGAAAUCGAUGGAAACUCAAAUGAUUUUGACAUAUCAAAUUACAGCUUGAACAAUAACGGUAGUAUGCAUACAACAGAAGAAAAUCCAUAUAAAUUUGAAUAUAAACAAAUUAAAUAUGAACCUAUUAAGGAAGAGAGUACAUUUAGUCAAGUUGAUAUAAAAACAGCUAAAAUGAACAACAUUAGAAGGAAAAUUCCUUCAGACCUAAUAUCCUAA